GACCGGGAGCCGCUUUACCGGGACUGCGUGGCCCGCUGCGAGCGGCGCAACUGCUCGGGGGCGGCGCUGCGGCUCUUCCGCGCCCGGCAGCCGCUCUACAUGAGCCUCACAGGCUGGACGUGCCGGGACGAGUGCAGGUACGAGUGCAUGUGGUUCACGGUGCGGCUGUACGCGCAGGGCGGCUACCAAGUGCCUCAGUUCCACGGCAAGUGGCCCUUCUCCCGCUUGCUCUUCGUCCAGGAGCCGGCCUCCGCCUUCGCCUCCCUCCUCAACGGCCUCGCCAGCCUCGUGAUGCUGCUGCGCUACCGGGCCAGCGUCCCGCCCGCGUCGCCCAUGUACCGCACGUGCGUCACCUCGGCCGCGGUCUCCUUAAACGCCUGGUUCUGGUCCACGGUUUUCCACACCAAGGACACGGCUCUGACGGAGAAACUGGACUAUUUCUGCGCCUCGGCCGUGCUGCUGCACUCCACCUACCUGUGCUGCGUCCGGACGCUGGGGCUGCGGCGCCCGGCGCUCGUCAGCGCCUGCAGGGCCCUGCUGCUGCUGCUGCUCGCCGCCCACGUCUCCUACCUGUCCCUCGUCCGCUUCGACUACGGCUACAACAUGAUGGCCAACGUGGCCGUCGGGCUGCUGACGGUGCUGCGCUGGCUGUGGUGGUGCGCGCGGGGCGGCGCGCGCCUGCCCCACGCCUGGAAGUGCGCGGCGGCCGUGCUGCCGCUGCAGGCGCUGGCGCUGCUCGAGCUGCUCGACUUCCCGCCRCUGCUCUGGGUGCUGGACGCCCACGCCGUGUGGCACCUCGGCACCAUCCCGCUCAACGUGCUCUUCUACAGCUUCCUGCUGGACGACAGCCUCUACCUCCUCCGGGCCAACUCCGAGCCGCUCAAGGCGGACUAGGAGCGGCCCCCCGCCCCGUGCCAAGCCGGCCCGCG